CUUCGAAUCGAUUUAAAAAUAACCAAGAUGGCGGCAACUGGAGGCGGCGGGCCGGAUGUCAACCACCCUGGCCUGGAGGGCGAGGCGGGGCCAGACUCGGAGCCUGACUCGGAGGUGUUUUCGUGCGUGGCCCACUGCUCCGACCUCGCCUGCCGCCAGAACGAACAGCGGCGGUUAGGCCUCUUCUGUGACGUCACGCUAGCCUUCAGUGGCGGCAGCAAUGAGGAGGAGGAGGAAGAAGAGGAGGGGGGAGUGGGCGGGGCCUCCUCCGGCUCCGACCCCCCGCCGCGAGAGUUCCGGGCGCACCGCUCGGUCCUGGCAGCGGCCACCGAAUACUUCGCUCCUCUCCUUCUGGGCGACUUCGCGGAGUCCCGCUCGGGGCGGGUAGAGUUACGCAAAUGGAGUUCGGGAGCGGGACCAGACCCGGAGACGAUCGAGGCGGUCAUCAGCUUCAUGUACACGGGGACGGUUCGCGUCAGUCCUGGCAACGUGCACGAGGUCCUGGAGUUGGCUGACAGGUUCUUACUAAUACGUCUAAAAGAGUUCUGUGGGGAAUUCCUCAAGAAAAAACUGAGUCUCUCCAACUCUGUAGCCAUUCACAGCUUAGCUCAUAUGUACACUUUGAACCAUCUGGCUUUAAAAGCUGCUGAGAUGAUCAGGAGGAACUUCUACAAAGUCAUCGAAGAUGAAGAGUUCUAUACUUUGCCAUUUCACCUUAUUAGGGACUGGCUUUCAGAUUCAGAAAUCACAGUCGAUGCAGAAGAGAUUCUCUUUGAAAUGGUUUUAAAGUGGGUCAAGAAAAAUCCUGACGAAAGAGAAAAGUACUUCGGAGAGCUCUUUAAGCUUCUCCGACUAUCACAAAUUAAACCAACCUAUUUGACUCAGCAUGUUAAAUGUGAAAAGCUGGUAUCAAGCAAUGAAGCAUGCCUCAAACUUGUGUUGGAAGCAGUGGAAAGCCAUGCUCUCAAGGGUGAAAAUUUUCAGCUGGGUACACUCCAGCAAGUUAACUCCCCCAUCUCAUCUCUGCCUCGUUUUGGCCAAAACAUGGAUGUUAUCAUGGUCAUUGGUGGUGUAUCUGAGGGAGGUGAUUACUUGAGUGAGUGUGUGGGGUACUUUAUUGAUGAAGAUAGAUGGGUGAAUUUACCGCACACCCACAAUCACCUUGAUGGACAUGCUGUGGUAGUAACCGAAUCCUAUCUUUAUGUGGCAGGUUCCAUGGAGCCUGGCUUUGCCAAGACCAUGGAAAGGUAUAACCCAGGUAGAAAUGUUUGGGAGCAGGUUUCCAAUUUGAUAACCAGGAAGCAUUAUUUUGGACUUACUGAGGUAAAGGGAAACCUGUAUAGCAUUGGUGGACGGGGUUAUUUCAUCCCUGGUUUUAAAGAAGUGGCUGUCUACAAUCCUGAUCAAGAUAAGUGGCACAAUUUGGAGUCUGCACCAAAGAUACUCCGGGAUGUUAAAGUGAUUACAAUAGACAACAGGUUUGUUUACAUGGCAGCUCGCACACCAGAUGACGGAGAUAAUGAAGAUGGCUUAAGGUCUGUCAUUAUUCGUUACGAUGCAGACACACGACAGUGGCGAGAUUGUGAGUCUCUGCCACUUCUUGACAACUAUUGCUGUUUCCAAAUGGUUGUGGAGAACACCAACUUUUACCACACCGCUUCAUGUUGUCCCAGAAGCUAUGCUCUAGACCAUGAAGAGGCCAAGAGAAAAAUCUCUAACCAAGUAUCUGAUGACAUUCUGGGAAGCUUACCAUCAGAGGUUCUUAGCAUUGAAGGGGCGGCUAUCUGCUAUUACAAAGAUGAUAUCUUCAUCAUAGGUGGAUGGAAGAACAGUGAUGAUACUGAUAAACGGUACAGAAAAGAAGCCUACCGUUACUGUGCUGAGAAGAAGCGUUGGUUGUUACUCCCUCCUAUGCCUCAGCCUCGCUGCCGUGCUACAGCCUGUCACGUGAGAAUCCCCUUUCGGUCCUUACAUGGUACCCAGAAAUAUCCAAUGCCGCAAAAUCUAAUGUGGCAGAAGGACCGGAUCCGGCAGAUGCAGGAGAUACACCGACAUUCCUUAAAUUUACGGAGGAUGCCUCACUCUCAGAUAGAAUGCUAGCUUGAAUAAAUGCCAUCAGAAAUACCUGUCCGUAAUUGUCAUGCCUGGCAUGGACUAAUAGCCAUCAAACUGCUUAAGGAUUGAAGACAAAGCUUUCUUGUUGCUCAGUAAUGAUCUGGAUUACUAGACCACAUGGAAAUUUGGUGUAUAGUAGCCAUAAAUAUGAAGAUAAACAGACAUAGAACAGUCUUAGAGUCUAUUGGUUUCUCCACCGAUGUGAUCCAGUUAUAGAACCCAACAAAAGAAUUGUUCUUGCAUUUUGUAAAUGUGUUCAGGUUGUAUAAAAUUGUACAAAAAUUCAGCACAGUCUUUUUUUCCCUUUACAUGUAUGUAUUGGACUUGCUUUUUGUGUAUUGGGUCAUCCCAUCUCACUUUAAAUGUUAUAAAGGUCAUGUGAAGUAUUUCUAUUUGUUUUAUAAUACUGAUGUAUAUGUAAAGGACCAUUUGAAGGUUUUUUUAAGACAUUUUUAUCUGCUUUUGCAGAGAUAUUUCUCUUUUUAAUCUGCUGCGAAUCUGCUUAUUUCUGUCAAAUGUGGAUAUGUGCAAUACUUAAAAACAAGAAGAGUAAAGCACAAUCUUUCUAAGAAUUUCAAAAUGUUUCAUGAUUAUAAUAUUUUAUACUUUUAUUUAUCUAAAAGCACUUGAGUUUGCUAAAAAGUAUAUUGAUAAAAAGAAUAAAAUUUC